CAAGACCACAGAAAGCUUUCAGGAAGUGCAACGACACAGGGUUUUCACUUGUGUAUUUCAUCUUGUAUGUUGACCGUUGCACGCGUGUACGUUGAAACCAGUGGGUGACUGCUUCCUGCUCGCUAUAGGAAAGCACACACCCAACUCACACCGCAAGUAGCAGACUUCUUGAGAACAAGCGUGAUUAUUCUAGGCAGUGUACGCCAUCAGUGCUCUGCUAACUAUCACAGAUUCAGGCAUUUCUACAAUCAACUGCCACCAAAAACAGGAUGUCUCUGGAUAUCUGAAACCAGUUUGCUGUUGCCGAGCUGCCUCAUGGUCCUUCCUCAUAAUGAAUUCUCACUGAGCCAUGGGGUCGUUCAACAUCAGGAUGCUUCGGCUCGGGGUUUGGAGCGUCUUCCUCUUGCUCGCGGUGGAGUGUCGCUACACCGUCAGCAGCCCCGACAACCAAACCUCUCCUACAGAUGGAGGGGCGAACAAGACCACCGUAGCAACCAUCCACCCGACGUUCUCCACCUCCGUUACCCCAUCAGGUCAUACCAAAGCCCUUCCUGCUGAACCGCAGGGGCUACACACCACCAUCAACUCCACUGUGCCUCCUUCUACAAACCAGACCCUGUUUUCUGCCUCAUCAAAGGACAUCCUCACCCUGCCAGCAGUACGCCCCCACACGGGGGCCUCCUCUAACAACGGUACGAGACACACCCCCGCACCAGGAGAGCGCUCCAACACGGGGGCCUCCACUACCAACGGUACGAUCGCCACCGUCACACCCCCUACCCCACCAGCAGUACGCCCAAACACGGGGUCUUCCCCUACCAACGGUACGAUCGCCACCGUCACACCCCAUACUAAUGGUACCAGAACACGCGUCCCACCAGGAGAGCACUCCACUCCCCCGGCCUCCUCUACCAACGGUACGAGGAGAAACGCCACACGGUCCAUCAUCCCCGCCCUCCCUACCAAUUCAUCAGCGGUUCCCGGCGGAACCACAACCACGACGCCGACGCCGAGUACAGUGCCGGUAACCAGGCAACCCUGUCCUACUCCCUCCUCAACAAACGGGACGCCCCCCCCUCAGCCCGGGGUCCCGGCAUGCGCCAGCAGCCCGAGCGGCGUGGUCAGCCAGUGCCUCGUCGCCAUCGGCCUGCUGGCCGCCGUGCUGACCGUCUUCUUCGUGUGCACAAUGGUGCUCUGCGCCAAGCUGUCGUCCCGGAAGUACAGCUUGGGCGGCCAGCACGGGACGGAGAUGGUGUGCCUCUCCACCAUGAUGACCAGCCACAACGGCACCGGCAGCCGCCGCGCACACCUGGAGGGCCGGCGAACGCUGCUGACCGGCCCGGAGGACAGCGACGACGACGGCGGAGACAACCUGACUCUCAAUAGCUUUCUGCCGGAAGGCGACCGCAUGGUUUAGGUUAGGGAGGCGGGUGGAGGUUUUGUCCUGCGUGUGCUACGGUCAACGGAUCGACUCGCUCUCCCAUUAUAUUGAUAUUUUUCUAAUGUUUACUGCAUUCCAUCCCCUUUUAAACCUGACAGAGGGUGUUCUUUCUCGACAUAGAAUCAAUAAUUUAUACACAGGAAAGAUCUUGGAUGGAGGGCAUUUCAUUCUUAAACUCUUAUAAUUGGUACAAUUAUUGAUUGUAAGGGAUGGCUGUCAUUGAAAAGUACUUAUUAUUUGUAUCAACUGUUCCUGAAUCAUGUCAACUGUUACCUUUAGUGAGACCAAACCUAAGAUAAGCCAUCUCCGUUUCAGACUGCUGAAGUGUGAAAGUAGUAGUGUGUUAAUGACUGCUGAACGCCCCAUGCUUCAUAGUUGAUGUUUUGUGGUUAAUUGUUCUUGCACAUGCGUUCUCCGUAAAGGAAGAGGCACGGAAACCACAAGCACGGAACUAACCAUGCACAGCAUUGACAUCUUCAGGCUCUAUUUACCAAAAACAUUAACUAUACAAUGCCGUGCAUUUGUGUAUUAUCCUGUAUUGUAUUGUAUUAAGUUUAUCGAGUCUAAUAAGAUAUUCUGUUCUAUUAUAUAGCCUACAAUACAUGUUCAACAUCAAUUUGACAUGUAUCACAGUUUGCUUUCCUAUGAAUCAAUUGCUAAGAGCAACAAUUUGUAGCUGUAGAGGUCAUAAUUAUGAGCUCAAUAUCCUGCCAGGCUUUCUCAAUGUCUGAAUUCAUUCUGACCCCGAACUAAACUGAACAGCACUUCCUUUCAUGUAGAAAUAAACCCACGCAUGCUGCUUAUAUUACAGCCUUGCAAAAAAACUUGUGUUGUGAAUAUUGUCAGUUACACAGACUGUCAAACAUACACUAUAUAUAUAUCUAUAUCUAUAUAUAUAUAUCCUAAAUUGUAUUUGUUUCUUGUAAAAAAAAAAAGAAGCAUUUUAUGCUCACUGGUGCACAGUAUGGUGUACACAGUAUCAAUAGUACAACUCAGAUGGUGGAUGACCAUAUUAAGUUUGACUGAACUUUGAUUAAUGGACUUCCCAAACACACGCUUGGAUAUUGCAGUUAGUUAGUGUAAACAAACACCAGUAGUUUUUUUCUUUUCCCUAAAUUGGUAACACAAACUGGCUGGGCCUCCACGGAAACCCUCCAUGUUGCUUUUAGAAGAGUCUUCAACUGGUGUCCUCGCCAAUUCUGUCUCUGGGCUAUUACCGGAGGUAUGUCCACACAGUCAACAUUAACCCCUUCCUGUAUUAGCUGAACUACAGCGGCUCAAAACGAAACUGCAGCUCUUAAUAGCUUAACCCUAAUAUGAGCCGCCAGACAGUGUGUGUGUGUGUGUUUGUGCCUGUCUGUCUCUCCCUCUCAAAAGCAGGUAUGUUCUAAGUCGUAUGCAAGACCAGAGAUAUAGGAGGAAAUGUAAAAACGAGCCGGUCUCUAUCGCAGAAGCCAAAACAAACCCCUAUUGUGAGAAUUACCAGAGCAGGGGAGUCUAGGAGGUAGAGCGGGUUGGCUGGUAACCUGAAGGUUGUUGGUUCGAUCCCCGGCUCCUCCUGAGUGUCGAGGUGUCCUUGAGCAAGGCACCUAACCCUAACUGCUCCCGACGAGCUGGCUGUCGCCUUGCAUGGUUGACUCCGCCGUCGGUGUGUGAAUGUGUGCGUGAAUGGUGAAUGUGAGGCAAUAUUGUAAAGCGCUUUGGGUGGCCAUUGGUUAGAAAAGCGCUAUAUAAAUGCAGUCCAUUUACAUUUUAGAACAUUGUCUGUGACUAUUUGUGCAAUCUCACAAUAAUUUGAGUCAUCCAUGAUGUAGUGGAAAAUGAUGGUGGAACAUAUUGCAGACAUAUUGCACUUCUAUUACAACUAUUUGUUCAUUUAGAGGGUGAUCUCAUCCACAGCAACUAUUCUGUCAGUCACAUUUUAAGAAUUAGUACCACGUAUAUAUUUCCUAUGUCUAGAGUCCCAUUGUCAUUUUUGCUCAGUCUUCUGUCUUGUAUUUAUUUUCUCUGGCC